GCCGCCCAUCCUUGUAUAAAGGCUGAGGAAGAUAUACCGUCAUCCUUGAGCCAGCCUACAUCAUUCAUGGCGACCAUAUUUGCGAAGACAGACUUUCUCUCCACCCUGCGAGCGUACGCACCAUGGGCAGUUGCCUGUGUGUGCCUCUAUUCACUCUUGAAAGCCGUAUACAAUGUAUAUUUACAUCCUCUUUCUCGCUUCCCGGGACCGAAGCUUGCAGUGGCAUCUCUCUGGUGGCAGGCUUAUUUUGACGUCUGGGAGAAAGGUAGUCUGAGCUUGAAGCUUGUAGAGCUACAUGCAACUUAUGGUAACAUUGUCCGCAUUGGUCCCAACCAGCUCCAUUUCUCUCGACCUUCAGCAUAUCAUGAGAUAUAUAGUUCGCGAAACCGGUGGUCAAAGGACUCCCAUCUGUAUGACGCUUAUGUAGAUACUAGCUCGCGAUCGACGUUCACGCUUCUAGACUAUGAGAGUGCCAAGAAACGCAGGGAUUUCACAAUGAACCUCUUCUCCCGCAAAUCGAUCCUCGAGGUGCAAAGCCUUGUCCAAGAAUGCGUCGACGAAAUGUGCGACAAUAUCGACGACCACAUCGCGAACAAGAAAUCAAUCAACUUCCGACGUGCUUUUAGGUGCUGUACCUUGGACACCAUCUGCUCACUAUGUUUCGGCUGUACCACAAAUGCACUCAGCGCAUCAGAGUUUCGUAGUCCAGUUGAACAUGCUUUAGAGACAGCAUUAUCCAUCCGACGCAUCUUCAAGCAUAUUCCUGGCGCAAUGACGCUUAUCCUUAGAAUACCGCCAGAUUUGCUCACGUACUUGCAGCCGGACACAAAAGGACACCUGGAAAUGAACAAGAUGUUAGUCGAACAAGUUCGCGGAAUCUUCGCCAACCCACAGACCCUGGCCAAUGCUGAUCAUCCCACCGUGUUCCACGAGCUCAUGAAGGCCAAGGACCAGUCAAUCUUCUCGGAGCAGGCCUUCCUGGACGAGGCCUGGCUCUUCCUCUUCGCGGGCACCGACACCAGUAGUGAUGCCCUCACUGUCGGCACCCUCCACGUCCUCGGCGACCACCAUGUGUACGCCAAGUUAAUGAAGGAGCUGCUCGAAGCUUGGCCGAAGCUCGACGACAGGCCUCGUUACGAAACACUUGAAAGUCUACCUUAUUUGCGUGCCGUCGUAAAAGAGUCGCUCAGGUUCACGCACGGAGUGGUCACCCCCUUGACCCGCGUCGUCCCGCCAGAGGGCGCGGUGAUCUCUGAAGAAUUCAUCCCGAGCGGAACCGUCGUGAGCAUGAGCAACAUAUUCGUCCACACAAACGAGGAGAUCUUCCCGGAUCCGCACGCGUUCAAGCCCGAGCGGUGGCUCGGCCCAGCCGCAGGCUCGCUCGACAACUGGCUCGUCUCUUUCGGCAAAGGGUCCACGGAGCUGCAUCGGAAUCAAUCUUGCGCAUUGCGAGAUGUACCUCGCCUUCGCGAACCUCUUCCGUCGGUACGACAUGCGGCUGAAUGGUGUGAGCCCGUCGGACUGGCACUGGGUCGACGAGUUCACGCCUGUGUAUGACGGCUCGGCGCCGCUGGAGCUAUAUGCUCAGGCGCGCUCGACUUGAGCAUGCUUGAACCAGAUCACUCUCAUUUCCAUGGUAGAUCUCGUGAGAAUACCAUUAGGUGCCGAGGUGUAAACUAGGAAUCCAGGAGUUCAU